AUGAUUGAGAUUAACUGCAAAGAUUAUUCUACAACCUGUUCAUGGCUUGUUGUGAAGAAAGAUAACGAGAAACUUCGGCCCGAGCGGUUCGUUGAGAAGAUUUCAAUCAAAAAAAAAGGUGUUUUUCGUCAAAAUUUUCGUGAGAGGAAUACAGCAUAUAAUAAUGAACAAGGAAUUUUUGAGACACAUGGUCACACGCAUAUAUGCGAUUUAUAUGAAAAUGUACAUCUCCAUUUUAUUAUUAUUCGCCCUAACGAUUGUCGAAAUUUAUUUUCUUUCACAAAUAACAAUCCGCAGAAAAAGAUAAGCAAAUGCUGGGAGAAUUCCGAAAACUCUGAAAAAAUAUGA